GGGUUUUGUCCCGAAUUGGAUGCGUUUUGCGUGCAGCCAGCACCUCGCCGCCCUUCCUCCCGGCCCCUGGAGGGCAGGAUCCGUGCCGGAGGCGGUUUCCUAGGACCAAAACCCGCCGUUUUCCCCCCAAAUGUUUGAAGGCGUGUAUCAUUCCAGGGUUUAAAAAAAACCGUGUAAAACAACCCCAAAUUCCGGGGUUUCAUCCGGAGCGGAAGCCUCGUACCUCGGGGCCGGCACCCUGCAGCGCUUCCUCCCGGCUCCCGAGGGCAGGAUCGGUGCCGGAGGCGGUUCCUAGGACCCGGCAGCGCCGCUUCCCCGUCCCCGGUCCCCGCCGCUCCCCCCGCCGGUAGCGCGGCCGCUGCGCCGGGCCCGGAGCCGCUGGGCCGGGGCUGGCGGCGGCGCUCCCGGGAUGGCCCGGCGGGGAGCGUGGGGGCUGUGGGCAGCGCUGGGCUGCGGGCUGUGCCUGCUGGCGGCCGGGCAGCAGCAGCAGGCGGGCGGCGGGCAGCCGUGGAGGCAGCUGAUCCAGUGGGAGAACAACGGCCGCGUUUACAGCCUGCUGAACAGCGGCGCCGAGUACGUACCGGCGGGGCAGGAGAGACCCGGGGGGAACCGGUUGCUGCUGGCGGGAGCGGUGACCGGCGGAGCGGGCAGCGUCCGGAGGCAGGCACCGGCCGCACCGCCGCGCCCGGGCUCCGAGACGGUUCGGGGGCAGACGCGGCACCCGUUCGGCUUCGGGCAGGUGCCCGACAAUUGGCGUGAGGGACCGGUGGGCGACAGCACCGCUUCGCAGCGGGUCCGGCCUGCUGGCCGCUCCCGCCAACCUUCCUCCUCAUCCUCAUCCUCCUCCUUCGCCUUCGCCUCCGCCGGGCAGCCCGCGUACCCCCAGUUCCCCUUCGCCCCCCAGUACGAGCCCUACGAGGCCCCCCGGGUGUACGACGAGGCGUACACCUAUUACCGCAGCACCGGCACCGGCGGGGCGGCCGUGGCUUCGGCGGCGGCGGGCGCCAGCGUGGUGUACCCCUUUCAACCCCGGCAACGCUACGAGGACUACGGGGAGGAGCAGAGCCCCUAUAGAGCCCAGGGGUACUACCCGGCGGCAGAACGCCCCUACGUGCCCGCCGCCCCGCAGCCGAUCGAUGGGCUGGACCGCCGGUAUUCCCAUAGCCUGUACCACGAUGCGGGCGGCUCGCCGGAGCAGGGCAGCCCGGACUCGUACGGCAACCAGCAACCCGGCGGGCUCGGCAUCGCCUCGGCGGAUAACCUCCAGCAUCCACCCGGGACCGGGUACGGGGGGCAGUACCCACCCUACGAGCAGCAGCCGCCGUUCCGGGCACUGGAGCCUUAUGGGGUCCCCCGACCCGAGCCCUACCUGCCUGCCAGGAACCCCGAGAUACCACAAGCCGUCCCUGAUAGCCAAGCCCGGGUCAGCGUGGGAAGCGUCUACAGGCCCAGCCAUGGUGGACGGGGUCUCCCCGACUUGGUGCCAGAUCCCAACUACGUGCAAGCAUCCACCUAUGUGCAGCGAGCUCACCUGUACUCACUGCGCUGCGCUGCCGAGGAGAAGUGUCUGGCCAGCACUGCCUAUACCCCUGAAACCACCGACUACGACGUGCGGGUGCUCCUGAGGUUUCCCCAGCGUGUGAAGAACCAAGGCACAGCCGACUUCCUGCCCAGCCGGCCCCGGCACAGCUGGGAAUGGCACAGCUGCCACCAGCACUACCACAGCAUGGAUGAGUUCAGCCACUACGACCUGCUAGAUGCCACCACGGGGCGGAAGGUGGCUGAGGGCCACAAGGCCAGCUUCUGCCUGGAGGACACCACCUGUGACUUCGGCAACCUGAAGCGUUAUGCCUGCACAGCCCAUACCCAGGGCUUGAGCCCGGGGUGCUACGACACCUACAACGCUGAUAUUGACUGCCAGUGGAUCGAUAUAACCGAUGUGCAGCCAGGGAAUUAUGUCCUAAAGGUUCAAGUGAACCCCAAAUACAUCGUCCUGGAGUCAGACUUCACCAACAACGUGGUGAGAUGCAACAUCCACUAUACUGGGCGCUACGUCUCCACGACAAACUGCAAGAUUUCCCAAUCUUGAUGGGAGCAGGGCCGGAGGGACCUCACCUGCCCCCAUCUCUGUCCCCCUCUCAACACAGUGCCUGAGCUGGCUCCUCUGUCCCACCAGAGACCAUCAGCAGCUCUUCAAGACCCCCCCAGAGAGAACCCCCCCAUUUCUUCAUGUUAAAAGGAGGGGAAGCAAGAAUGAGUCUUUGAAAUAGUUUUUUAUACUUAACUUUUCCUUAAUCUUUUGGUUUUUAUCCCAUUUCCUAAGGGAAACCGAUGCUGGAAUAAAGGCAGGGGUCCAUAAAUGCUGUAUAAAGGACGUAAAUCGCAUAUUAGCAAUAGAAAGCUCUGUAGUCUUUAA